GGUUAAAAUAUAAACCAUUGGAUUUGAAAACUUAUCUAAUUAACAAUCAUUAACGGUCACAUGGGGUUGAAAGCUUUUCAAGGAACGUGAAAACAUUUAAACCAAUUAAACUACGCUUCCACUCCCUACAUAUCCCGCGCCUUUCAACCCUACUUCUCUUGACUCACUCUCUUCACUCCACAAUCAACUUGCUCUUUUCCACUACUGCAACUCCCAUGGAAAGUUACAGAAAAUCGCCAUUGAAGCCAUGGAAGAGAGGUCCAAGUCGAGGCAAAGGUGGCCCCCAGAAUGCUUCAUGUCAAUACCGUGGAGUGAGGCAGAGAACAUGGGGCAAAUGGGUGGCAGAAAUAAGAGAACCCAAGAAGAGAAGUAGACUCUGGUUGGGUUCUUUUGCCACGGCUGAGGAAGCUGCUAUGGCUUAUGAUGAGGCUGCGAGGAGAUUGUAUGGCCCGGAUGCUUAUCUUAAUCUUCCACACCUUCAACCGAUCUCGAAUUCUCCAAACAAACUGCCCAAGUUCAAAUGGAUUCCUUCCAAGAACUUCAUCUCAAUGUUUCCUUCUCGUGGUUUGCUUAACAUGAACGCCCAACCUAGUGUUCAUGUUAUUCAUCAGAGGCUCCAAGAACUUAAGAAGAAUGGGGUUUUUGGUUCUUCAAGCUCAUCUUCAUGGGAAUCAAAAACUGAUAUUCAGAAUAUUAUAGAUGAUAAAACCCCUGGAGAAGAUCCUCAAGUGAAGGAGAAGGUUGUUGAAAUUUCAUCAGAUAAAAUGGCGGAAGCAUGUGAGGACAAACCACAGAUUGAUUUGCAUGAGUUCCUUCAGCAGCUGGGAAUCCUGAGAGAAGAAAAGCAGUUUGAAGGAGCUGAUACUAUAGAAAGUUUAACAGCAACAGAUUCUUCAAUAAAAGAUUAUGAUGAAUCAGCUGCCUUUGCUGAGAAUAGCUUCGUUUGGGAUGCUAUGAUGGAGAUGCAUGGAGUUGCUGACUGCCAAGGAGCAGAGGCCAGCUUCCAAGUUCAUGAUCCUCAAGAAGAGUUAACUUUUCCCACUACUAUUUGGAACUUCUAAGAGCAGCAGUCAAUCUUGGAAGAACCUAGCUUCACUGUAGGUUUUUAUACAUUUUCAGUCGGCAUUUGAGCUAGCUAGAGAUUUGAUGCUAGUUCUAGAAAUGUUUUAAGGCUGU